AUGACGACGACUACUGCGUUCUCCAGUAGAAAUCUCUCUGCGAAAGCUGAUCUGCAUAAACAGCUUGAGUCCUAUUGUCUUGUUUGGCUUGACGCAAGUGUCCAUGAAAACGCCGAAAUCGAAGAUAAACUGCGUUGUGUGAUAGAUCAACUUGAAAAAUUUGACAACGCUAAAGAAUGUCAAGAAUACAUCGAACAAAGGUCUCGAACUGAUCGCAUCAUACUUAUCGUCAGUGGUCAAUUCGGCAAACAACUAAUCCCGAUAAUUCACAAACUCCGACAAGUUCUUUCCGUCUAUGUCUAUUGUAUCGACCAAACAAAUCACGAGCAAUGGGCUAACCAAUACUCUAAAAUCAAAGGUGUUUUCACCAAACUCUGUGAUCUGCUUUCACGCAUUGCAUCGGAUCAUAAUAUACAGAAGAAGAUCGAAGAUCCACUACCGAUUUGCAUUUUCAAUUUCGACACGAAUGUUGAUCAAAGCAUAACCAUCGGUAACGAUCAAUUCGUUUUCAUUCAAACAUAUCUCGAUUUAUUGCUACGACUAAACUCCAACGAAAAUGAUCGAAUCGAAUUAAUCAAUCGUCUAAGAAAACAAUUCAAAGAUAAUCCAACCGAAUUAAAUCACAUCUUCGAAUUCGAACAAAGUUAUUCACCCGAUCAAGCAUUGCAAUGGUAUACAAAGAAAACAUUUUUCUAUAAAACUUUGAAUGCAGCAUUGCGGCACGAGAACCUACAUAUGAUAUUUCUAUACCGUUCGUAUAUCUUGGAUAUCUAUCGUCAGUUAGAAGACAAUCAAGUCCAACACAUUCUCAAAGUUUAUCGUGGACAAAUGAUAACGAAACAUGAAUUGGAAAUUUUACGAAAGUCCAUCGAUCAGUUUAUUUGUGUCAAUUCAUUUUUUUCAACAAGUCGUUUGUAUAACGAAGCAUUUGCAUUUCUUCGUUCGUCGACUAAUCUCGAACGAGUAAUGUUCGAGAUCGAAGCUGAUCCGAUGAGAGACGGUAUCAAAGUAUUCGCUGAUAUUCGUAAAUAUAGUGUUUAUGCAAAGGAAGCGGAAGUGCUGUUCAUGAUUGGUUCAGUAUUUCGAGUGAAAAGCGUUAUUCGUAAUCACGAGGAUAAUAAAUGGUUGAUUAAAUUGAACUUGUCCAAUGAAGAAGAAUAUGAUCCGAAGGGCAUUUAUAAGAAAAUGAAACAGAAGAAUUCCAAAGGAGAAAUCGACCUUCGAACUGUUGCACAAUUCUUGUUGAAAAAUGGAAAAGUCGAUUUAGCAAAGAAGUACUUUAUUCGGUCAAUCAACGAAGCGUCAAUUGAUGAUCCACAAUGCGCCGAUUUAUAUGAUGAUCUUAGUCGACUUGCAUCGAAAGCAUGUGACUAUGAUAAGAGUUUUCAGUAUUUACGAAAAUCGAUUAAAUGUAAACAGCAGACGAACGCUUCAACGGCAGGAAAAUCACUCAAAUCGACGAAACAGCUGAAAUGGAAACCAAAUGGAAUCAACAUUACUGGUGAGAGUAAAGUUGGAGUUGCACUUUCGCAUCCGUUUGGAAUUUUCGUCACUAAACUCAAAAGCGUUUAUAUCGCUGAUUGGGGUAAUGACCGUAUUGUUCGAUGGAAAUGUGGUUCGACCCUUGGUGAAAUCGUCGUCGCCGGAAAUGGUUUUGGAAAUCGACUCGAUCAGUUGUCGAAUGUCACAGAUUUAGUUGUAGAUGAAAAAACUAGUUCGUAUAUCAUUUGUGAUCGAGGGAACAAAAGAGUCGUACGAUGGUUUGAUCGUAGUGAAACAAAUCAACAAAUUGUUCUUAAUAAUAUUGCUUGCUAUGGUAUCUGUAUGGAUAGCAAAGGAUUUAUCUACGUUUCCGAUACAGAAAAACAUGAAGUUAAACGAUGGAAAGAAGGUGAAAAAGAAGGCAUUGUUGUCGCAGGUGGGAACGAGAAAGGCAACGAACUGAAGCAACUUAAUUGUCCGACUUUUGUAUUUGUUGAUGAUGAUGCCAGUUUGUAUAUAUCAGAUCGCGACAAUCAUCGCGUGGUGAAAUGGGUGCAAGAUGCGAGCGAAGGCAUUGUUGUAGCUGGUGGUAACGAUUGUGGAAAAGAUUUGAAACAAUUAUGUUUUCCCGAAGGGAUAGUUGUUGAUGCAUUAGGCCAUGUCUAUGUCUCAGAUUAUGGUAAUAAUCGUGUGGUACGCUGGUGUGAAGGUGAUAAGAAUGGUUCGAUUAUUGUUAAUGGUACUGGUGUUGAAAGGGACGCAAACCAGUUUUAUCAUCCGUCUGGUCUAUCACUGGACAACGAAAAUAAUCUGUAUGUUGUCGAUCAAUUUAACAAUCGAGUACAAAAAUAUGAACUUGAUCUUGAAGAUAUUUGUACAACAAAUUGA